GUCUUUCCGUUUUCCGACCAUGGCGGAACAGAGCAAACCAGCACCAUCAUUUUCCGACAUUCUCAACAAGGCAUCGAAGAAGGCCAGCCAGUUGCUUCACCCCGCCGCACUGGAAGAGGUGUUGACCUUGAUGUGGAUGAGAACGAUCAUGAACUACCAAUACCGAUAUGGUGGAACUUUUAUGGAGGUCACUAAGAAGCUCUGGGCUGAGGGCGGUGUUCCGCGCUUCUACCGCGGCUUGGCCCCAGGGUUGAUUCAGGCGCCUGUCUCGCGCUUCGGAGACACGGCCGCCAACGAUGGCGCACUGGCAGCGCUGGAGCACACGAGUUUGCCAACAGCGGCUAAGACCAUGUGCGCCUCCGGAGCUGCAGCAGCGCUUUCCUCCGCCAUGGCGUGGAGUCGUUCCUUCGACGAAUUGCACUUUGGCAUUGCUGGCUAUUGCAACAAGCGACAGCCCCUGGCUCCGCUGCCGUGCUUGUCCUCUGGGUCCAGCCCCGGGCAUGUCAGUGGUGCCAAGCAGCCGCGGGUUGCCAUCAUAGGUUGCUGGGAUUCACCCCUGUUUCGUCCCCCUGCAGCCUUGGGCCUUGCCAAACACGGCUUUGCGGUCACUCUGUUGGAGCAGAGCCAUGUGGUGGGAGGUCGAGUUCGCAGUUGCCAGGUGCGACAGAAACCCUACGACCUUGGCGCCACAUGGCUGCAUGGCCGGAGCACGGAGCAGAACCCGUUGCUCAGGUACACUGAGAAGCUCCCACGGCUUGAGGGCAAACAGCGAGGAGGUGGACCAGGUCCCCGAACGCUUUUGGAUGGCGAUGCAGUGGAUGGGACGCUCGUCUCCCGCUUGGCCAGUUCCUAUGGCAACGCCCUGGAGGAUUGUGAAGGGGUGGCACAUGGCAGAAUUCCAGAGAAACUCCAAGGGAAGCAACUGCCAGAGGAUGUUGAGACAGCAGUGGCCGCAAUUUUGUCGCAAUGUGAAACAACAGCACCGCAGAACUUGCUUGAAGCGUCGCUGCAGUGGCGGCGACAGCUGGAAUGCUCUAUAUCUGGUUGUGAUUCAGUCUCUGAGUUGAGCCUGGCUGCAUGGGGCGAAUAUCAGGAGAUUCCAUCCGCCCAACGGGCCAGCAAUCGUUGGGAAGGAGGAUUUGCCGCGGUCCUCCAGGAGGCAUUGAAAGACCUCUUUCGAUUGGGUGAUGAAAGAUGUGGUGGCAAUGUUGAGCUGCAUCUCAAUUGUCGAGCUGAAAGGGUGCAUUGGUCACAGUCCUCCGCGGAUUGUUGUGUUGUUGGACGAGUUGAAAGCAAAGAGGUCAGGAUCGCUGCGCAGCAUGUGGUGAUCACCACCUCUCUGGGAGCUCUCAAGGCGUCGGAACUUUGCUUCGACCCCCCACUGCCGGAGAGCAAACAGAUGGCCAUCCAGCGAUUGGGCUUUGGCACCGUGAACAAGGUGCUCCUGCUGUAUCCCCACCCUUGGUGGGCUGAGCUGUGGUCAACUCUUCGCAUUCUUUGGCCAGCCGAUUGCGACCUGGAGCCCUGGUGGCUUCGCAGCGUAUACGGCUGCAGCCCGGUGGCCGACGGCCUGGAGUUCUGGAUCUCGGGGCCGGCGGCGCGAGCCAUGGAGAGCUGCAGCGAUGCGGAGGUCAUGGCGGCGCUGCAUCAGCUGCUGGCGCGCCCGCGAAGGGAAGUGCCGGAGCCCAAUGGCCUGGUGAGGUCCAAGUGGAGCAACGUGGUGAAAUUGAAGGAGAAUGAGGAAACUGCAGCUGGAAACCUCAAUAAGACGGAGAAGAAAGUUCUGGAGACAGCAGCCCCCAGCUUGCCCAAUCAGACAAGCGAACCAGUGCAAAAUGUCUCUCCAAAUUUUGAGGAGAAUGCCGCGUCAGAUGGGCAGGUCAAACAGGGGAACACGUGCGUGGCGGGGAUGGCUUUGCUGUCCAUGCUUUGGAUUGGGAUUCAAGUGGCCCUGCCUGCCCAUGAUCCUCUGGCGCGCCAGCGUCGCCAGGAUGGCCAGAAGGAGAGGAAGGAGGAGACCCAAGGAGGACAGGAAGGAGCCGCUUCCCCAGAAGCUUUGGCCGCCUUUCGCAAAGUUGGCGUGCCAGGGUCAAAAGCAAAGCGGCUGCAAACCCUGCAUGUGGACCAUCUCGCUCUCCACUGCCCGGAGACUUGUAAUUUGGAGCUGUGGGUGCUGCAUUUCCUGGCAAUUGCCAGUGGCGGUAGCCUGGCUUCGCAGGACUUGCAGAUCUGGGAUGCACACAGAUCGCAUGAGGUCGAGGGAAAAGAUGGGUUGCAAAAGUUGAUUGAGAAAACCAAGAAGCAUCCAACAGCUUUGUGGCAAGGCGGCGUUGGCGCAAUGACUGCCACCUGGGUGGGACACUACCCAUGGUUCUACACCAACAACCAGCUCCGCGAAUCGUUGCCUCAAUUUGACAUCCCUUACGGCAAGUACGUGAGGAACGCCUUCAUCGGAUUCUGUUCAGCAGCAGUGUCGGACACUUGCUCCAACUCCUUGCGGGUUCUGAAGACCACGCGUCAGACCUCCUUAGAGCCAGUUGGCUACUUCGAAUCCGCCAAGAACAUCAUUGCCAACGAAGGCUACGCCGGACUCUUUGGACGUGGGUUAAAGACUCGGAUCUUGACCAACGGAGUCCAAGGUGCUUUGUUCACCGUUGGUUGGAGGGCGAUUUCAGACUAUUUGAACAAGCCUUCGGCCUGA